AUGACGCUGCCUCUCAAGAAACAUCUUUCCAAGAUGAAGAAGGGUAAGCACUCAAGUAUAUCUAAAUCUAAGUCUUCAUCCUCUGUCUCCACUCCUCCCAUCCAUUCCAGCGAGCUGGAGAAAUUGGAGGAAAUCUCUGUUAAUUGUGGCAUUCAAGAACCGAUAGACCUGCUAGGCUCCUGGAACGUUAGAGGUUUAAACAAACCAUCCAAACGUAGAUUGGUUAGAGAGUGCCUAUCCUUGGCAAAAGUUAAUCUGGUUGGAUUGCAAGAGUCGAAAUUGUCUUCUCCCAGUUCCUUCCUCCUAAAAUCCCUUGGGGGUAGAAAUAUUUCAUCUUGGAUUUCCCUUGACGCCACUGAUUCUAGAGGUGGAGUUCUUUUGGGGAGGGACGAUGAUCUUUUCUCCUGUUCUUCAUCAUCUAUCGACAUAUUCUUUGUAUCAGCUACUCUUACCCACAGACCCUCUAAUUGGAGAUUUGUAGCCACAACUAUCUAUGCUCCAUGUGACUCGUCUGAGAGGGAAGUCUGCUGGUGGGAAUUAGAUAGAAUUAGAGGAUCCCAUUCUCUCCCAUGGGUGGUUUUCGGUGAUUUCAACAUGACUCUUAGCACAGAUGAAAGAAGUGGUCGUCCUAGUUCUAUUAGAGACAUCAAAUCCAUCUCCAAUCUGUCAUCUCAAAUUCAUGCCCUUAACAUCUGUGAGGAGUCUAGAAAUCUUUCCCCUCAAGAGAUUCAGCUUAGAUCAGAUAUGAAAGACCAAAUUCUUUCCCUGGCCAAAGCAGAAGAAAUAAAAUGGAAACAAAGGUCUCGUAUUCAAUGGUUGAAAGAAGGAGAUAAUAACUCUGCUUUUUUCCAUAAGGUUGCUUCAUAUCACCGCAGAAAAAAAUUUGUUCCUCACCUUCUUAUCAAUGAUUCCAUCAUCUCAUCAGACAGUGCCAUCAAAGAUUCUUUUUUCUCCUUUUUCUCCAAUCUCUUUGGCCAAGCUCCAGCUUCCAGACUCUCUCCCAACUGGAGUACACUAUACCCAAACGAAAACUUUGAUCUAUCUUCUCUUGACCUUCCCUUCUCUCCCCAAGAGAUCACAGAGGCUGUUUUUGACCUCAAUCCUGACAAAUCCCCAAGGCCCGAUGGGCUCCCCAUCCUUUUCUUCCAAAGAUUCUGGCCAGUUGUUCAAGCAGAUGUGAUUGAAUUCAUUCAAGGGAUAUAUUCUCAUCCCCAAUGUUUAAAUAACAUCAAUUACUCCCACAUUUGUCUUAUACCCAAAAAAGAGGGAGCUUCUUCUCCUAAAGACUUUCGUCCUAUUAGUCUUAUCAACAGUUCUUGUAAGAUCUUUUCCAAAAUUUUGACUAAUAGACUUAAAAAAGUCCUUCACAAUCUCAUUGAUAAUUCUCAGUCUGCCUUUCAAGCAGGGAAAUCAUCUCUGGACUCUUUUCUCCUAGGUCAUGAAAUGGUUAACUUCUGUUCAUCGGGGAAAAAAGAAGUAUGUGCCUUUAAGGUAGACUUCUAUAAGGCCUUCGACUGUGUGAACUGGUCUUUCCUUUUGUCCCUUCUCAAAGCUAGAGGCUUUGGCCCCAAAUGGUGCCUCUGGAUCCAAUACAUUCUAUCCUCUUCAAAAUCAGCUGUUCUAGUUAAUGGUUCCCCUACAAAAUUCUUCCGAUGCUUUAGAGGUCUCAAACAAGGAGACCCCUUAUCACCUCUACUUUUCCUUUUGGUGGCUGAUGUUCUUAGUAAAUUGUUGUAUCGCAGUGCAGCUUUGGGGGAUCUAUCUGACCUAAAUUUGAAAGGGCAGUUAAAUUCCAUUAGGUUGAUACAAUUUGCGGAUGAUACCAUAAUUUUCUCCAAAGCCACCCCCUCUGAUAUGGCCACCUUAAAUGCUAUUCUUCACAUUUUUGCUAAUAUAUCUGGCCUUCAUGUUAAUCACCAAAAAUCAAAUCUAUUUUACCUUGGCAAAAUUCCUCACAAAGGGAAAAAGCUUGCUAAGAUACUUAGUUGUUCAGUCGGUUCUCUCCCAUUCUCAUACUUGGGACUCCCUCUCAAAAGAGGCUCUCUAUCCAAAAGAGAGUGGCAACCUCUCCUUGAAUCAUUCACCAAGAAGCUUUCAUUAUGGAAAAACAAAUCUCUCUCCAUAGGUGGAUCAUUCACCAAGAAGCUUUCAUUAUGGAAAAACAAAUCUCUCUCCAUAGGUGGAAGAAAUUCUCACAUCAGCAAAGUCUUUUUCUUUGUCUACUCCAAAGAUGGGUUUAACCCCUUUGCUCAUCCCAUUAAGAGCACGGCUUCAAGUUUCUUCAAAGACCUAUCCUCCAUUCAAACAACUUUUUUCAACUUGGUUAAAUGGAACAUUGGUGAUGGAAGAACUGGAAAUUUCUGGCAUGAUAAAUGGUCCUCGGAAAAUUCCCUAUGCAGCUUAUUUCCAAAAGCUUUCAUUUUAGCUCUCUCACAGAGCUGCUGUAUCAGAUCCCAAGGAAGAAUGAUUAACAAUGCUUGGUCAUGGCACCCUCUCACUAGAAGAGGUAUUUCACACUCAGAAAGGUCAGAUCUCAACCACCUCCUCUCCCUUCUAACAUCUUCAAAUAUUAAUAUCACUUCGGAACCAGAUGAACUCUGGUGGAUGCUCCUACCAUCGGGGACUUUCUCAGUUAAGUCCUAUUACUCCUUCGUCAACUCAGGGGGCAUUAAAUCCAAAUUUUCAAAAUUGAUUUGGAAAUCUCCUAUUCCAUCCAAGGUGAAAGUGCUAUUCUGGAUCAUCUCCAAUAAGAAACUGAAUACGAAAGCAAAUCUGAUUCACAAGGGUUGGGCAGGCGAUCCGAGAUGUGCUUUUUGCAAAUCGGAAGUAGAAACACACGAACACAUCUUCCUUAAAUGUUCCUUUGCUCGUGCUAUAUGGUCCAUCAUCCUUCCCUCUGUUCCAACAAUCUGCUGGCCAGAGACCAUAGAGGAGCUGAUAAUGUUCCACAAAUCUCCCAAUCUAUGUUCCGACAUGAAAACCGUUUGGAGAAUCCUGCUACCCUGUUUUUGCUGGUGGAUUUGGUUCAGUAGAAAUGUUCUUAUUUUCAAGGAUAGUCAAUCUAAUCCUCUUCACAUUGCUUCUAAUAUUGGGAGAUAUACCAUAUUUUGGACAGGUGCUGCAGAUGAGAGGCUUGCAAGGAGACUGCGUAGGGCUGCAUCUAACAUCGGACUUCAGGAGCUUGCUAACAGGAUUGUCAAGGCAGAUGGGGACAACCUCACACCAAGCUCCCCAACUCAGGACUCUCCAUAG